AUGCAGAAUCAAUCAGAUAGCACAGUGCUGCUGAGCGUAACGCAUAGCAAUCUGAAGGCUCGCUUCAUGGAGAUCCGGUUCGACCGCCAUAUGACGGUCUCGGCUGUGAAGGACAAGCUGUGCUUCCACACCGGCUCUGCACCCUCAGCCAUGACUCUCAGCCUGCGAGCAGCCGGUGGUGGAGCCAGUACAAUACUACAGAAUGACAAGAAGCUGGGCUACUACUCACCACAAGACAGGGACACACUUCAUGUGGAGGAUCUCGACCCCACAUCAGCGUCUCGCAAUGGCUGGCUGGAGGACACAUCCAAGGUGGAGAAGUAUGUCAUGAGCGACGAAGACUACAAUCGCCGCGAUGGCACCUAUCGGAAGUUCAAGGAGACCAAGCUGCAAGAGGACCCCACAUGGACGCUGGAGAAGGAGAUGGAGGCAAGGGGCGCAACUGGCCCCGCGCCACAGGGUCCGGCCCCAGACGACUCGUUCCAAGAGGAGCCGGCCGCCGGCAUCGCCGUGGGCACGCGGUGUGAGGUGCAGGGCGGGCGAAGGGGCACCGUGCGUUUCGUGGGCCGGUGUCCAAGCCUGCCCGCCGGCUUCUGGAUCGGCGUCGAGUACGACGAGCCCGUGGGCAAGAACGACGGCAGCGCGCGAGGCCACCGCUGCUUCACCUGCGCACCGGGCUACGGCAGCUUCGUGCGGCCAGACCUGGUGAAGGUCGGGGACUUCCCCGCCCACGACUUUGCCUUCUCCGACGACGACGAGAUCUGA